AUGUCUGCAGUAGGCAGUAACAAGAGCUUAGCUGAUUAUUCAUGUUUCUUAGUGCACAAAGCAAUACUUGCUAUUAGCAAAGAAAUCACCUCAAUUACAUCUCUACGCGACGGAAGCAUCUUAUUAUUGGUGAAAAACAAUGCAAUUGCUAGCCGUUUUUUGAAAACAACAUCAUUACCAGGAGUAUGUCAAAUCGAAUGCAAACUGCAUAGCACUCUCAAUCACGUGAAAGGUACCGUAUAUGCACCCUGUCUCAAUAACGUAGACGAAAAAGAAAUUGUCUCGGAGCUAAGUACCCAAGGUGUAGUAGGAGCAUAUAAAUUCCUAAAAACGGUAGAAGGAAAAUCUUUCCCAUGUGGAGUCGUUUUAUUAACUUUUGAUUUGUACAACCUUCCAACAAAAAUCGAUAUUUCUUGGCACUCUGUAAAAAUCAGAGAAUACAUUCCCAACCAGAUGCGAUGCAAGGCAUGCCAAAUUCUAGGGCAUACUGCAAAACACUGCAAAAACUCACCGAGUUGUGUUAUAUGCAACCUCCCACCCCACUCUCCAGCGCAAUGUACACGUAUCAGUUGCGCUAAUAGCCAAGAACAGCAUCCAGCCUCAGCAAAGGAAUGUAAGAAAUUUCUGCAAGCGAAAGAAAUAUUGAAAAUAAAAACGACAAAAAAAUGUACGAUGCGUGAAGCCAGACGACUAGCAGGCAGCUUAACUAACAACAACACAAUUGAGCAAUCUUACUCUUCUAUCACAACACGACAAACAAACAAUCUUGUUAAAGACUCCACUUACACACUCCCCGAACCAGCAUCAAACGAUGAAAAUACCUCCAGUACUCAAAGCAACAUUCCAACUCGCAAUUGUUCUCACCACUCUCCCAAAUCCCAACCCAACAACAUUAAUACAAAAUACAAUGUAGACGAAAUUAAACAGCAUAAAGCUAAUAAAGACAACGACAACAAAAUUACACACAAUUAUUCUUUCACCAAACAUAACAACAACUGCGCCCCACAAUCAGCAUCCGAAGCUUCUCAACACAUAACAACACUGAACCAGCAGCAAGAUGAACAACACGAGAGCUUUACAUCUCCAUAUAAUUCACCUCUACCAAGCAUUUUUGCACACAACAGCAAUACAACUAAUACUGAAGGAAUUAACUCUGAUAUAUCUCUAACGCCGCUACCUGCUGAACUCCAGCACUUAGCUCCAUUUCUGAAUUCACUUAAUUCAACGCCAUAUGGAAACAUAGAAAAAAAAAAUUAA